GAUAUAAAAAUCACAGAUCUCAUCAGUUUCUACUUGCUGCCACUGAGAAUUCCUAGUGAUAGCCGCAAUGGCUUUGCACCCUCUAUUUCUUGUUUUCUUAGCUGGCCUGGUAUCUCUCUCUGAAGCUGCACCACAGGGCUCUUCUGAUUCCAAGCAUCCUCUCUUUAUAAAAGUUCUGGAUUCAGCCCGAGGAAGUCCAGCUCCAAAUCUUCUAGUUAAGUUACAUAAAGAAGUUGAAGAUGGAUCUUGGGAACUGUUAAAUUCAAAACUAACCAAUGAAAAUGGAGAGAUUCAAGAUCUAAUACCUAAAGACAAAUUUGAAGGGAAAUAUAAGAUUGAGUUUGAUACAGACUCUUACUGGAGGAAUCUGGGCUUGAACCCUUUCUAUCAAUAUGCUGAUGUGGUGUUCACAGCGAACGAUGCUGGUCUUCGACAUUACUCCAUCAUUAAUAUCAUCAGUCCCUUUUCUUACUCAACUGCGGCAACAGUCAGUGAGCCGAUGGAAUAGAAACUUGACAUUAAGCGUAAAGAUUUAGAUGUGUAAACUAAAGUUUCCAUAAACUCUACGAAUAGUUUCUGUCUGUGGUAACAGAUUUAGAAUUUGCAUAGCUGUUCCCAGAGUAAAUCACUGACAGUAACCGUCAAGUUGUUUAUCUCUUUUGUUAACUUUUGGAAGAUGUACUGACUUUGUUUUCAGUCACUCUUGGGAAUAAAAGCAUUCACAGAAACACA